AUGGUUAAACUGGCGACUAAGAACAUUAACUCUGACAGGGAAAGGUUGAGACUCGGGAGGGAAAAGCGCUUCGCCCGAGGUCAACACAGCCAGAAGGAAGUAGAGCGGCACCCACGAAUAGCACAACUCUGUCAUUUUGAGCUCUGCCUCGAUUUCACUCAAGGAACUCUGUCUGCAAUGAAGAUAUUUUGUAUUUUCCUUACAUUUUUCUUCACUGUGUCUUGUGGUCCAUCAGUUUUACAGAGGAAGACAAGAGAAAAAACAAGAGAAAUUGAAGAAAGAAGAGGACAAUGUUACCUCGUCCGUGGUACUUGCAAGGCCUCAUGCAACAUCUGGGAAUAUGUAUUUAAUUACUGUGGCGUGGAGCCCUGCUGCGUCGUUCGGGAAUACAUAAAGCCAAUGAGAAGCACUUCAACCACUUCGACCACGUUAACUCAUGCAAGUGUAUCAACCAUCAAUCAUGGUUUUGCUUCCUUUCCACAGUUUCAGCAAAAAUGGACUUGGGCCUUGGACACAAAAAUUGACUGUGGUGAUGGUUACACAACUCUGUGA